AUGAGCCCGAAGAUGACUGAUUUUGGAUCAGCUAGGACACUGAGUUCAGAUAUAGAAGAAGGGCGCACAAGUAGGGUCGUGGGAACCAGUGGUUACAAAGCUCCAGAGUAUGCCUCUCGAGGAGUUUACUCGACGAAGAUAGAUGUGUUCAGCUUUGGCGUUUUCGUUCUGGUGAUUAUUAGUGGCCAAAAGAAUACCAUACUCGACAAGCGAGGGGAUACUGUUGGUGAUCUUGUACGAGAUGCCUGGCAUAUGUGGAAGGACCAAAGGUUGCAUGAGCUUGUGGAUCCGUUGUUAGGGGACAGAUAUGAAGUCGCUGAGAUAACGAGAUGCGCUCAAGUGGCACUGCUUUGUGCCCAGGAAGAUCCAGCAGAUCGACCCGCCAUGACAGAUGUUGCUGCAAUGCUGAACUCUGAAAGCAUAAGCUUACCAAUGGAGCCUAAGCAGCCCGCUGCGCUAAUCCAUGGGUGUGCCGACAGAGGCACGACAACAACAUACAUGGGCCAAUCAAGCAGUACAAUAGAAGUAACCAUAACGAGUUCAGCUCCAAUGUCGACCAGAGUUCAAAUCAUUCUUGACCCGGAGGUUUGA